AUGAAUCCUUCUAUGGAAAUAUACGAUCACCUCAUCGCAGAAAACAUCAAAAAAAGUUACUGCAAUAUACAACUAGAAAAUACAGGUACAUUUUCGGUGAUGAGUUACAACGUUCUUAGUAGCUCAUACGCGGCACCAAGAAUGUAUCCGUAUUGCCCUAAAGAAUACCUCGACUGGGAAACCCGUGGGCAGAGCAUCAUAAAUGAAAUUAACGACUAUGAAUGCGAUGUGAUCUGCCUUCAGGAAGUCGAGAUGGAGGCGUUUCUUGAAUUCUUUUCGCCGAAGCUGGAAACUAAAGGGUAUAUUGGCAUUUUUGCCCCAAAAUCUCGGGCAAGAACAAUGUCAGAUACCAAACGGCGGCUUGUAGACGGUUGCGCGAUUUUUUGGAAGACCGAAAAGUUUACACUGGUAUCCCAACAGUUGAUCGAGUUCAACCAAUUGGCAAUCAAGAACAACGCAGGUUGUCAAGACAUGCUCAAUCGGGUGAUGAUUCGUGACAACAUUGGGCUGUUUGCCGUGCUGAAAACCACAGCCGCAGCAUGGCAAGAUGGUAAGUUUUUGCGAUUUUUCAAAUUUGUCUUCCAGAAAACUCAUCAGAUGUGGAGCAGCUAA